GCCAGGCACGCGCGGUAGCGUCGCCCCAGCCAGUAGAGGCUGCGACGACCGAGCGAGCGCCUGUACGCGUCGCUCCCAACACAUAGGACUGGUGACUCUCCAUAGUGUCUGUGACGUGUUUCAGUGCCAGCACAUGCGUGGAAAUGACCAUAUCGAUGAUUGUGAACAAAUGUUUGUGACUUGUGAUUAAGUGGUUGCGUGCGACUAAGUAAGUGAGUUGGGUGCGAGUUCAUGUGGUUGCGUUGCAUAGGUAUCGCCGAUGUAACCACUGACACCUGACAAAAAAAACCUAAGACAAUUUAGAAGAACGAUGUCGAUUAAAGCGUCGCUCGUUAUACAAAGAACGAUGAGUGUGCCGAAGAGUUUUUAGUGAGAAAUUGUGAAAAAUAGAAAGAGUGAAGAUGUCGGUAAAAGCCAGCGUUGGUUAAACAAAAAGGAGAAAAAUGGCCUUCAAAGGAUACUGCGGCGAAGUGAUCGGCUUUUUCCUGGCUGUGGCUUUUUGCAUCAUAUGUCCGGAAUAUGUAUCAUCAGCCCAGCGCGAGCUCGGCAAGGGUUCUCCAACGAACGCCUCCGCCACAGCCUCGCCGUCCGGUUCGGUGGACAACUCGAUCCGGUCCGGAGCGGCGCUGGACGGCGCGAGGCCCACGCCCCGGACCGGGCCCUACUUCGACCUGAUGGCUUCCAAGAACGUCACGGCUUUACUCGGCAAGACGGCGUAUUUGAACUGCCGUGUCAAGAAUUUAGGGAAUAAGACGUUAAACAUGCAAGUAUCUUGGGUGCGGCACAGAGAUAUACAUCUACUUACAGUUGGACGGUACACGUACACAAGUGAUCAAAGGUUUCGAGCUAUCCAUCUGCCACAUUCCGAGGACUGGACUUUACAGAUCAAGUAUCCGCAGCACAGAGACUCCGGUAUAUACGAGUGUCAAAUAUCUACGACUCCACACAUGAGUCAUUUUAUACACCUCAAUGUUGUCGAGCCUACAACAGAAAUAAUUGGGGGUCCAGACCUCUACAUAGAUAGAGGCAGCACGAUCAACCUCACCUGCGUGGUUCUGUACUCGCCAGAGCCCCCAGCUUACAUAUUUUGGAAUCAUAAUGAUGCGAUAAUAAGUUACGACUCUCCGCGGGGGGGCGUGUCCGUCGUGACGGAGAAAGGAGAGACGACUACUUCUUUCCUGCUCAUACAGCAGGCAAGGCCAUCUGACUCCGGGAUGUAUCAGUGCAACCCGAGUAAUGCGCAGUCCAAGAGUGUGAUGGUGCAUGUGCUUAAUGAAGCAAAUUCGAUUUUUCCUUUAUCAGGAGAGUACCCGGCGGCCAUGCAGCGCGGAGGGCAGGCCUUCGCACCGACCUCACCAGCGCACUGCCUCGUGCUGGCAACCUGCCUCUUCCUCACACUCUCUUGACACAUACGGUUCUUCUACUAAAUGUAAAUACGAAAAUUUUAUUAACAGGCCCUUGUAUUGACAAUACAUACAUUGAAAGUUGAAUCGAUUGUCGAUACAACCGCCUGAACAAAUUUGCUAUUUUAUAGUGUGGGUUGUGUUAUGUACAAUAUAAAGUAAAUUCAUGAGCAAGUAGGUAAUGCUUGUUCCUUAUAGUGAUGUAUAUAGUGUAAUAUAAUACGUGUUAAUCAUAUUAUUUAUGUAAUAUUAGAUUGAUUUCCAACUUAUAAAAUCCCUCAUCAUGGAUUAAAUUUCAGUAUCUUUGUAUCAGGAUUAUUAUAAUUUGAUAUUACAUUUAUUGGCGAAUAAUUCAAACGUAAUCUUGUUUAUGAUAGAUGUGUAUUAGAAAUGAUGAUGAAAAUAUUAAUCCAACGUGGAGAUAGUGGACAGAGGAAUGUAAAAACAGCUGACAAUACUACGUUUAAAACACAAAAUGUUUAGACAUGAAAAUGUAAAUAGUUGAGGUUAUACGAAUCACUCUAUCUAGCCUUUAAUAAUAUCUGUAUUAAGUGAUGUAAAUUGUAAGUAAGAUUUUAGUAAAUUUUGGAAUCUAAAUGAUGUUGUAAAUAGUAUUUGUAAGGACACUUUUGCCAAUGGGUCUUGGCAAGAAAAAAAAGACAAAAGCUAGUGCAGAGUCCCUUAAAAACAGCAUACUAUAGAAAUAAAAGAAAAAAAAAUUUGAUGAAUAAAAUUACUUCAUAGAAAAAGUCUUGGUGAGA